AUGCCCUUUGAGCCCAACCCUGUCCAUAUGAGCCCAGAAAGAGACAGCUGUGAAUUGUACCUAGGCACUAGCAAGCCCGAGUCCCGAUACGGCGGCCGCUGGAUCCUAAUCCUUGAGUUUCCUGAGUGCGAUACCUACAGCGCCUUCUACUCUAUCGGAAGCCCAUUCAGAGAUAAUCCGUACGAACACGAACUGGUACAUGACGGGCAGUGCAGCGAGUACUUGAGGGACUUCGACGAGGUCAUCCUCAUAGGCGUUGUACAACAGGAACGAUUCCGAGCCUUCCUGGAAGCUUUCUAUGACACGCGGCCUGGACCGGAUCAGUAUUUUGUGCUGCGGGUUGUUUUUGCGCUCUGGGAACAAGGUCUUGUUGAGUCAAUUGUUCUGGAUAUCUUCUUGAAUCAACCUGGCUUGCAGUAUUCGGCCGGGGAGAAGGAGUAUCAUUACUACCAUCUGGCUACGAUGGAUUACUUGUUCUUUGAGGAUUUAAAAAAGUGUGGAUUUUUGGUUCAACGCCGCGCUGGAGAGGCGAAGAUGGAGGACAAAGCGGGGAUGAGAUGGUGGUUGAGAGAAAAAGAUUUAUUGGGUUGCAGUAGCUGUUUAGACUAUUUCGACUGA